AUGUUCAAGUUAGCUACUGCGAACGUAACUGGCCAACACAUUACAUCUGAAAUUGGUAAACCAAGAAAUGAUCAUUCCAAGGAUCUUCUAAUUAUUUUGGUCACACCAAAAGCGAAGUUUAAAACAUCUGAUUUAGACUUUGAUGAUAUAUCUAGUGAAUUCAGUGAGGAUAGUUCCCAAGAAGAAGAAUCGGAAAGUCUAACUCCGAAAGAGGAUGAGGCUUACUUCCUAUAUCAUAUGUUACGUACGACCGAAAAUAGUCAACAAAUUGACAAUAAGACGGCUUCUACAAUAAUGCAAACUAAAGAAAUUUUACAACCAAUAUUGAGAUCACGAUGCAAGAAACUUGAUAAUUGUAAGAAGAAAUGUCCCAAAAGAAAGAAAUCACUUUGCGAAAAAAAAUGUAUUAUGAUGAUUGAUAUUUUCAUAGUUUGCGAAAAGAAACCGAAAAAUAAAUGUAAAAAGAAAUGCGGAAAAACAAUGCCACCGAGUUGGCGUUAAAAUGAAAGCCGAAUCCAAUAAUCGAUCCUACAUCGAAGAUUAACAGUGACAUGUGACAAAGUACAAAAUGAAACUCCUCUAAUCGUAGUUGUUUGAUUGGUGUUGCAAUCCUUACAUGGUUUUUAUAUAUAUACUUUAGGCAAGCAAAAAA